AUGGACCUGCUCUUGAAGUCGUCGUGUGGUGGAUGUGGAUCCACCACCGAUCUCUAUGGAAGCAAUUGCAAGCACAUGACUCUCUGCUUGACCUGUGGCAAGACCAUGGCCGAGAACAAGGCCAAAUGCUUUGAUUGUGGUGCCAGCGUUACGCGCUUGAUUCGUGAAUAUAAUGUUCGUGCAAACUCUAUCAGCGACAAAAACUACUUCAUUGGAAGAUUCGUUUCUGGGUUGCCUGAUUUUUCGAAGAAGAAAAGUGCUGAAAACAAGUGGUCCCUACAGAAGGAUGGCCUACAGAACCGCCAAAUUACUGAUGCUUUGCGGGAGAAGUACAAGAACAAGCCAUGGCUCAUGGAGGACGAAACUGGUCAGUGCCAAUACCAGGGUCAUCUCGAAGGUGCACAAUCAGCUACAUAUUAUCUUCUCAUGAUGGAAAGGAAGGAGUUUGUUGCCAUUCCUGCUGGUUCUUGGUACAACUUUAACAAGGUUGCGCAAUAUAAGCAAUUGACUUUGGAGGAAGCAGAAGAGAAAAUGAAGAAUAGAAAGAAAACUGCAGAUGGAUAUCAAAGAUGGAUGAUGAAAGCAGCAAAUAAUGGACCUGCUGCAUUUGGUGAACACGGGAGAUUUGAUGACAAGGAGAGUAAUGUGGGUGGAGGGAAAAGUCGUAAAAAAUCUACUGAUGAUGAUGAAGGUCAUGUCUCAGAUAAGGGGGAGGAGGAUGAAGAAGAGGAGGCAGCGAGGAAGAAUAGAAUUGGACUUAAUAAAAGAGGUGGUGAUGAUGAUGAUGAAGAAGGUCCAAGGGGAGGAGACCAUGAUCAGGAUGACGAUGAUAUUGAGAAGGGUGAUGAUUGGGAGCACGAAGAUAUUUUCACUGAUGAUGAUGAAGCUGUUGGCAAUGAUCCUGAGGAAAGGGAAGAUUUGGCUCCUGAAGUUCCUGCUCCUCCUGAAAUCAAGCAGGAUGAUGACGAUGAGGAUGAAGAUACUGAAGGAGGGGGAGGUCUAAGUAAAUCUGGAAAAGAGCUGAAAAAGCUGCUUGGACGAGCUGGUGGUCUGAAUGAAUCCGAUGCUGAGGAAGAUGACGAUGAUGAAGAUAUGGAUGAUGAAGUUGGCAUUCCUCCUGCAAUAUCUUCAAAGCAGAAGGAUGCACCUAAGGAAGAACCUGCUGACAAUAGCCCUUCAAAACCUGCGGCAACAGGAACUGCUCGAGGAACAACAUCUUCUUCAAAGACUUCAAAGGGGAAGAGAAAAUUAAAUGAGGAAACAAAAACAUCUAAUGGUGCACCUCCAAAGAAGGUGAAAACAGAAAAUGAACCAAAAUCAUCUGUCAAAGAUGAAAAUGGGUCUGCAUCUAGAAGUAAUGCUCCUCCAAAAGGUAUACUGCCAGCACCAUCAUCAAAAGUAGGGUCUUCCACCAUAGCUUCUGGACCCGUGAGUGAGGAAGAAAUCAGGGCUGUUUUAAUGCAAAAGACUCCUGUGACCACACAGGAUCUUGUAGGUAAAUUUAAAGCAAGACUAAGAUCUUCAGAGGACAAAAAAGCUUUUGCGGAGAUCCUGAAGAGAAUCUCCAAGAUAUAGAAGACAG